GAGACAUUCACGGCCAGUAUACAGACUUGCUACGUCUGUUUGAGUAUGGUGGCUUCCCCCCUGAGUCCAACUACCUCUUCCUUGGGGACUACGUGGACCGUGGGAAGCAGUCACUCGAGACCAUCUGCCUGCUUUUAGCCUACAAGAUCAAGUACCCUGAGAACUUCUUCCUCCUUAGGGGCAACCACGAAUGCGCCUCCAUCAACAGAAUCUACGGCUUCUUUGAUGAGUGUCGCAGGAGGUACGGCACCAAGCUCUGGAAGACUUUUACAGACUGCUUCAACUGCCUACCCAUUGCUGCCAUCAUUGACGAGAAGAUCUUCUGCUGCCACGGAGGGUUGAGUCCUGACCUACAGAGCAUGGAACAGAUCCGGCGGAUAAUGAGGCCCACUGAUGUUCCUGACACUGGUCUCCUCUGUGACUUGCUGUGGUCAGAUCCUGACAAAGAUGUUUCAGGCUGGGGUGAGAAUGACCGUGGUGUCUCCUUCACUUUCGGUGCAGAUGUCGUCAGUAAAUUCUUGAACCGCCACGAUUUAGACUUAAUAUGCAGAGCACAUCAGGUUGUUGAAGAUGGUUAUGAAUUCUUUGCCAAGAGACAGUUAGUCACUCUGUUCUCAGCUCCAAAUUACUGUGGAGAGUUUGACAAUGCAGGAGGAAUGAUGUCUGUGGAUGAAACCCUCCUGUGCUCCUUCCAGAUUUUGAAGCCGUCGGAGAAGAAAGCCAAGUACCAGUACAGCGGCCUCACUCAGAACCGUCCCAACCCCCCCAACCGCCAACAGCGACCUCAGCAGCAGAGAAAAUAAGCCAGGCAGGCAACAGCACUAUUCAAACAAAGGAAGAAGGAUCGGAGUGUGGGGUAACCCUCAAUGGUGGCAUUUUAAAGAGAGGCUUCGCACACAUCUACCAUCAUUUGGCUCUCCUGGAAUGUUAUUAUAUAUAUCUAUAUUUUUUUUUCCUAUUUCUGCAUGAUGUCAAGUGGUGGUGAGGAUGAUGAAAACAACAAUAAGAUGUCAAUAAAAGUGAUUGUUUCCUUUAAGGAACCUUGCAGACAGGAAGCCAUUAGAUACUGUUGGUAGUUAAGGCGUGAGAACCAAGGCGAGUGGAGUACACAGAGAGCGAAUGACAUCAUAGCAGGGUAGGAGGAGGGCGGGAAAUGAGGGCCUUGCUUGCUUUUUUGCGCAUCGAAGCCUCGCCUUGUGAUUUUUUUUUUUUUUUUUUUUUUCUUGAAUGUCUUUUCAGCUUUGUAUUGAUGGUUUCUUUCCAUCAGAUUUUUGCCUUUUGGUGUUUUUUUUUUUUUUCUUCUUCUUCCACUCUGAACUUUUUUUUUUUUCUUUUAAAAAUCUGAUGAGGAACUUCAUUUGGCUUUCUUACUAUAUAAAAGCUUAAUGGAAGCAAACCUUCAUAUCCUGCCUUUCAGUCAUAUGCAGACACUCAAGCAAAUACGCAUAUAAGAAUUUAGCUGUGUCAUUGUUAAACAUUCUGAUGAAAUGUACAAUACAAUGUGUGCUGUCUUUUUAUAUGUCUGUGUUGCAAGAAAUUUAAUGUUUUUGCCAAAAACAUACUGUUGUUGGCAUAUAGAAAAUGUAUUUCUACUUUCUUUUAUAACUGAUAUUACAUUACCAUGGCCUAAAAAGAGGUAACUAGUCAUCGUCACCAGAAUGCCAGAAAAGGCUAAAAAGUUAUAAAUGAAAAAGAAACAAACAACUUGUCACUUAAGAGUUAUAUUUAAUCUAAGUCAAAAAAACAAAAAAUCCCAUAGCAUUUAACUUUAUUUAUUUAUAAUUUUUAUUUUUCCUUUCUGAAGACCAGGGAUAGAUUUUGAAAGAGAGAGAGAGAAAGAGAGAGAAAGAGAAAACAAAACAAAAAAAAACAAAAACAGGGACUAUCUCUUAGCCAUGAUCACAAAGUAUAUGGAAAUAUUCACUCCGGAUAGAAACACUGUCUUCCUCCUCUGUAAGUACCUUUAAUGGAAUGUUUUCGGUCGCAAAGUGAGUACUGGAGCACACGUCAGUCACCCAGAAUCAUGGAGUGAAUUGACACAGAUAUGCUAGUCUGUUUAUGUAUUUUUUUUUUUUUUCCAUUAUUACGAUUAAUGUUUUGUUGUUUAUGCUAUGUCUCAUCAUUUUGGGUUGCAAAUGUGAUGCAUUGCCUUAUUCUAGCAGUGAGAAAGAUUGCAAUUGAUGAUGCACCGGGCUGUAUACAGAGAAGGAUAACAAUAUGACGAUAGUAAUAGAAGCGUUCUUACUUCUCUUUUGGGUGGGGUAAGAAAAAAAAAAAGAGAAAAAUAGAUAACAAUGAUGUAUAUUGGGAAAAUCUCUUUCAGUUGUUGCCAGAACUUCUGUUUUGUUUAUCCAUGAACUUGGCAAGAUGCAUUGACAGAGCACAUUACAGUCGUUUUACAAAUUGCAAUUGAUGAUGCACCGGGCUGUCUACAGAGAAGGAUAACAAUAUGACGAUAGUAAUAGAAGCGUUCUUACUUCUCUUUUGGGUGGGGUAAGAAAAAAAAAAGAGAAAAAUAGAUAACAAUGAUGCAUAUUGGGAAAAUCUCUUUCAGUUGUUGCCAGAACUUCUGUUUUGUUUAUCCAUGAACUUGGCAAGAUGCAUUGACAGAGCACAUUACAGUCGUUUUACAAACAGUCAUGGCGACAUCCAGCCAAGUCAUUGCAGAUGUUGAGGUAUCAAUUGUUGCAAUACAUUGGCAGUAUUUUUUCAUACAUGAAGUUUUGAACUUGUGGGAAAUUUAUUUUGAUACAGGUUAGAGGUAAUAAUGAUAAAAAACUUAAGGUCCAUUUUUUUUUUUUUUUCAUGUUUAAGAAUAAAUUUUAUUAUACUUUUUCACCUAUUCUCUCUAGUAACUUGGUUGACUUCAGCUAAUAAUCUCCAGAAAAGCAUUUAAUGCAUGAAUGUAAUUGUGUUACAAUGUACUGUAGUAAAAUGUAAUUAGUUGUGAUGAAUUGUCAAUAUUUUUUUUUACAAUUGGCUUUUGAAUUUGGAAAACAUUCAUGUUGCUUUAUUGUUUUCUGUACACUUCAUUGUAAGUAAGUACAGCAUAUUUGGAAAAUCUUUAAAAGAAAGUAUUGACUUAUUGCACAAAAUAAAGUUUUAUUUGUUAGUAGCUCCAGUGUUAAUAGACAUUAAUAUUGAAAUAAUGUGCCUAUUGUAGUUAUAUCUAUCAGAUUAAAUAUGUCUUUCAGUAAAAUAACAAACUAGAUUGUCAGUAUACACACACACACACACACACACACACACACACUCACACUCACACUCACACUCACACUCACACUCACACUCACACACACACACACACACACACACACACACACACACACACACACACACACACACACACACACACACACACACACACACACUCACACUCACACUCACACACACACUCACAC